CUUUGUUAACCUCGUAAAGAAUAAUCUACUAAACAUUGUGUUACAGGCGUUACAGGUGAUUGUGAAACGAGAAUGUAAACAAACAUUCGUAUUAUAGUUAGUAUAAAAGGAAUUAGGAAAUACCUCGAAAGAGAAUCAUUUACUUGUUCGACUUAAUGUAAAAUCAAAUGGCUGGAGAAAAUCAUAUUCUUAAUUUACAAUUUAAUCAGGAUCAAGGAUGCUUUACAUGUUGUAUGGAAUCUGGUCUUAGAGUAUACAAUGUAGAACCAUUAGUUGAAAAAGCACAUUUUGAGAACGACGUAAUGGGUAGUAUAGCCAUUGCAGAAAUGCUUUGGAGAACAAACAUUAUUGCUAUAGUAGGCGGUGGUACGAGACCAAAGUUUGCAGAAAAUACAGUACUUAUCUAUGAUGAUUUGUCUAAAAAAUUUGUAAUGGAAGUUACGUUUACCAGUCAUAUUAAAGCUGUCAGAUUGCGCAGAGACAAAUUGAUAGUGGCACUUCAACACGAGGUGCACGUCUUUUCAUUUCCUAUGCCGACAAGAAGAUUGUUAACUUUAGAAACAAGAGAUAAUCCAAAAGGAUUGAUUGAAGUUGCUACUUUAGCUAGCGCGCAAAAACAGCUCCUUGUUUUCCCUGGCCGUAAACAGGGCAGCGUACAAUUGGUUGAUCUUGGUGCUACAGAGGCUGGAAGUUCUAGCACUCCUGCAACUCUUGCAGCACAUCAGGGUGCAUUGGCUUGUCUCGCAGUUAACAGCAGUGGAACUAUGAUUGCAACAGCUUCCACACAGGGUACUUUAGUUAGAGUGUGGGACAGUAUACGUAGACACCUUCUAGUGGAAUUGAGGAGAGGUGCGGACUCUGCUACACUUUACUGUAUAUGUUUCAGUAUUACAUUCAGCAGAGAUUCGGAAUUUUUAUGCGCUUCCAGCGACAAAGGAACGGUACAUAUAUUUGCAUUGAAAGACACGCAAUUGAAUCGCAGAUCUACGUUCUCAAAAAUGGGAUUUUUGGGAAAUUAUGUUGAAAGUCAAUGGGCAUUGGCAACUUUUACAGUACCACCAGAAUGUGCAUGCAUGUGUGCAUUUGGCACAAGGAAUUCUGUUAUAGCUAUUUGUAUGGACGGGACGUUUCAUAAAUAUGUUUUCACAGCUGAUGGAAAUUGUAAUCGUGAGGCAUUCGAUAUCUUCCUCGAUGUUUGCGAUCAUGACAAUUUCUAACAUAUAUUAUAAGUUUGUAUGCCUGUAGGAAAGUUUCUAGUCAUGCCAAAUAAGAAACUUCUUGCAACAAACAUUUAUACAGCGAUGUAAUUAGAUUAAUAACUGUAAAAAGAGUGCGUCAUUAUGUUUAUUGAUUUUCUAACUUAAUGCUCUAAAUAUUCUUUAAUCCAUUUUAUACGCACAUAUUUUUAGUGACUUAUGCCCUUUCCAAAACUAGUGGUCCAAUUGUAUUAUAUAGGGAUAUAAACGUUUAUUUUAUACAAUA